GGCUUAUUGCCGUUCUGAUUUCUAUAAGGGCAUCCCGUGAAGCACAUGCAGGCUGGUCAUUUUCAAAAUUGAAAGACCUCGGCCGCCUUCAUCUGUCUUUUUGUUUGUUCUUUUUGGUUGGCCCAUUAAACCAAACCAACCCAACCCCACUCAGCUUGACUUGGUUCAGCUUAACCCAUCUCAACCUAACCUCAACGCAGCCGGGCACCGUUUGGCUGGAAAAAUUUUCUCGCCACUGCCACGGGCUGCUUGUCGAAAUCUGUCGCACCGCAUGAGCCUGCUCACCUUAGUCAUUCCGAAAAUGGAUUCUGGUGGAGUCUCGGAGUCAGCCCGCGCCAGGAUACGCAAAGAAGGCUCCUGCUGUAGAGUCGGCCUGCCUAGUCAGCCCUACUAACUUGCUAAGGCCUAGCGCAUGUCUUAUACAUAUUUUCGACAGCACUUCAGCGCUUUUGCUGCAAAUGUGUAGUGCGGAUUGCGUCUGAAAACCCUCUGGGAUUUUCCUGGAGGAGCUCUUUGCGGCACUAGACUUCGACAGCACAGCGAAGGCAACUGAGCUGCCUCGUUGUUAUAUAUUGCACUCAAAACGAUCAAGGAGAGGAAAAGAGAACGAAGGGGAACCAGCCUGGAAAAAGAUGGAAUCCAUUGGGGGCCGACGUGAAUGGCCUGACACCACC